AUGGCGGCCGAUCAUAUCGGACCGUGGAGGACGGAUGCUCAAGGCCAUUUGACGCCCGACGAGAACGGAGACCUCAAAACAGACUACUCGAGAUGGCGAUUGCUUGAUGAUCGUGGCCGCCAGACAUGGCAUUAUCUGGAAAACGAUGAAGAAAAUGAGAAAUGGCCUCAGUCCGUGGCGGACAAGUACUUCCUUGGUCUUCCCACGGGAGUUCCGGAUCUGCCAACCGCAAAGACUCCUUUGCAAGCAGCAGAGAAUGGCUUGCAGUUCUUCUCUAAUCUGCAGCUGGACCCCGGUAACUGGGCUUGCGAAUACGGCGGUCCAAUGUUUCUGUUGCCAGGUAUUAUCAUUACUUACUAUGUUACAAACACUCCAAUUCCUCCGGAGUACGCGACGGAGAUUAGGCGCUAUCUCUUUGCUCGCCAGAACCCGGACGAUGGAGGCUGGGGUCUGCACAUUGAAGGCCACAGCUCGGUUUUCGGUACCAGCAUGAACUAUGUCACCCUCCGUCUGGUCGGUGCUCAUGAGGAUGAUCCUCGCAUGAUCAAGGCACGUGGUCUACUGCACAAGUUUGGUGGUGCUCUUUAUGGUCCUCACUGGGCCAAAUUCUGGCUUAGUGUUCUUGGCGUUAUGGACUGGGACUGUGUCAACCCAGUUCCCCCUGAGAUUUGGCUACUUCCUGACUGGGUUCCAUUUGCCCCUUGGCGUUGGUGGAUCCAUAUCCGCCAGGUUUUCUUGCCAAUGGGUUAUCUAUGGUCUAAGAAAUUCUCUCACCCUGUCACUCCGCUGACCAAACAGCUCCGAGAAGAGCUGUACACCCAGCCUUAUGACUCUAUUGACUUCGCAGCUCACCGUAACUCGAUUCAUGAGGCUGAUAACUACUACCCGAAAACUUGGUUGCUGAACACACUCAACCAGAUUUUGGUUAAAAUCUGGAAUCCCUACCUCCGACACCCAGCAAUUGUUAAGCGCGCUGAGGAAUGGUCGUGGGAGUUGAUUCGGAUGGAAGAUGAGAACACCGAUUACUCAGGUCUGGCCCCCGUGAGCAACCCGAUGAACAUGGUCGCGUGCUACCUUCAUGACGGGCCGGACAGUUAUUCUGUCCGCCGCCACAGAGAGCGGCUGCAUGAUUACAUGUGGGUGAAGAACGAGGGAAUGCUGGCCAAUGGAACCAAUGGUGUCCAGGUCUGGGAUACGGCUUUCAUCACGCAGUGCAUCGUUGUCGCCGGCUUCGCAGACGACCCCAAGUGGCGGCCCAUGCUCACCAAAGCUCUGGAGUUUCUCGAAGAUCACCAGAUGCGGGAGAAUGUACCGGACCAAGAAAAAUGCUACCGGCAACACCGGAAAGGCGCAUGGCCCUUUAGCACCAAGACUCAGGGCUACACAGUCAGCGAUUGCACGGCCGAGGGCCUGCGGUCUACAAUCCAACUACAAGAGAUGCACGGUUACCCGAAGUUGAUCUCUGUCGAUCGACUCAAGGACAGUGUUGACUGCCUGUUGCUGAUGCAGAACCCGUCUGGUGGCUUUACCGAAUACGAAACCACGCGUGGCUCCACUAAGCUCGAGUGGCUUAAUGCUGCUGAGGUUUUCGGAGGAAUCAUGAUCGGAUACGACUAUCCCGAAUGUACUACCGCCUCUGUUACCGCGCUUUCGCUGUUUAGCAAGUACUAUCCCGACUAUCGAGCCGAUGAGAUCAGAGCCGCGAAGCAGAAGGCAGUUCGGUAUAUCAAGCGCGUGCAAAGAGCAGAUGGAAGCUGGUACGGGUCUUGGGGUAUUUGCUUCACUUACGCCGCUAUGUUUGCUCUGGAAAGUCUUGCCAGUAUCGGCGAAACAUACGAAAACAGCGACUUCUCUCGUCGCGGCUGUGAAUUCCUUCUCUCCAAGCAGAUGGAGGAUGGAGGAUGGGGCGAGUCCUACCUCAGCUCUGAGAGGCACGUUUACACCCACCACGAGAACUCUCAGGUUGUCCAAACGGCCUGGGCAUGCCUUGCUCUUAUGGAGGCGGACUACCCGGACAAAAAGCCGCUGCGUAAGGCCAUGAAGCUGCUGAUGUCGCGGCAGCAGUCGAGUGGAGAGUGGUUACAAGAAGCUGUUGAGGGCGUCUUUAACCAGUCGUGCAUGAUUUCCUACCCUAACUACAAGCUCUACUGGCCUAUUCGGGCUUUGGGUCUCUACAGCCGGAAGUUUGGCAACGAGGAAUUGAUUUAA